AUGUUUUCGUGCCGUUAUGAUGGACAUGAGGAGGAGUCCUCUUCAAGUGGAUCCUCCUCACCCAAGCACAGUUACUCCUUUGAAGACGCGGAUAACUUUGAAGAAAUGAUGGAAAAAGAACUGCAGUCCGAUGUUUUGAAAGUUUCUGCAGUCGGUCACGCGAAGAAUGCUGAUAAAGCCGAAAAGACUGAGAAGUCCAACGAACCAAUCGACGAUGACUUACUGUACGACCCCAACGAAGACGACGAUAACGCUGAAUGGAUGAAACAAUUUCAAGUUACCAGUCACGGUGAUCAGUCUGGGACAUCUCGUACAGAUGCUGUUCUCAAUUGCCCUAGUUGUAUGAGCCUCUUGUCGACGAAUUGUCAGAGGUGA